AUGAGAAUAUCUUUAGCCACAUCCCUGGACAAUCCAAGGCAGCAGGGCCCUAAGACGCUUCACUUAGCAUCACAUCCCAAGACGAAGCCCGAUGUUGCUGGGGAUGUCAGUGACCAUCAGCAACCAUGCGCGACAGAGUUGGACAUGAGAGAACACCAAUCACCGGACUUAGCUGACAUGGUGUUUACCGACUUGGAAGAUAAAUGGCUGCCCGAAUCCAACACACGGUCAGCCAAAUGGAACUUUGAGCAGACAACGUCAUCUACACAUGAUACCGCGAAUCUCGACAACCAACGGCCAGAGGGAGAUAUUGUUGGAUUGACCAGCUUCCAGAUCUCAGAUAUCUCGGAUUUUAACUUUUCUUUUGAGUCAUUCUUUGACAAAGACAUUGAGUUUCCCAGCUGGCCGGAUUCCACAUUUUCCAUGAACGGGCUAGAAUACCAGCUUGAUGAUAUCGGAGAAGGCAGUCGCCGGAGACAGCCGAUGGAAGAGCCAACACCCUACGGAAAGAAGCGCGCCAAAGUAACAGAUUUCCCACUGCAGCUAGAGGAAAUGUCCCUGCCACACGUCAAUCAGGACACUGCUUAUCUGACUCAUUUCGAGCGGUGGAUUGCCAGCUGUGGCUACUCUCUCAAAGAGGACGGUAAAGGAAACUAUCUAAGAUUUGUCCUAGACUACAUUCAGAGUGAUCACUGUAGUCCCGAUUCUCCAUUCCGGUUUGCGGUCCUGGCUUGGGCUGCAAAACACUUAGCAGCAACCUCUACAUCCCACGAUGAAUCGUGGAAAAUUUACUAUGCUCAAGCGAUUCAAGGCCUUGAGCGUUUAUCAUGCUGUACUGACUCAAAUGACCACUUCUUGGAGCCUAGCUCAGCUGCACCGACGGGCCAGUGUGUCAUUUCUUCAAAAGCCGAAAUCACAAUAUCGUCUGUGUUGUUUCUCUGCAGAUGCGACGUUUUGAAUGGCGAUGCUACUUCGAUUCUCAGGCGGUUGGAUAAUUUAAAAGAGCACCUAGCAUGCCAUCUAGAUAAUACGUCUCUCUCUGCCCUGGCAUGCAAAUUUCUCUUAUGGGUCUGCUACAUCGAUGUCCGCCUAAGGAUAUUCUCCUCGCCAUUAUCAUCCAGCAACAGUGGAGAAAACACCGCCAUGACUACGCUGCUCCACGCACUCAUACGCCAUCCAAGUUACAAAUACAUUCUAUCUCAUUCACAUUCGUACCUGUCAGAGAUUUUUGGCCAAACUUAUCCUGCUGACGAGCUAGUUCAGGACGAGAAAAAAGUGCCUGUAUCAGUUCGAACGCAUGAAACGUUUUGCCUCAUUUCUAAUAUGCUUCAGUAUCGCUCGUGGAAACAUGUAUUAGAACAAAACUCCAGUCUCUCGGAACACCGUGAGCUCGCAGAAGCCAAGGAGACCGCUAUCAACCUCGAUAUACGGCGUAUGGAUACAGAAUUUGAUCUUGCAAUAGCGACGAAUCCUGCCGCGAAUGCACUCCGUCACGUUGCCACAAGCCUGGGGGAAAAUAUUGUCAACAAAGGUUCCCAUAAUCACCUUGCCAACGGUAGCCUAUCUCCGCACUCACCUCUGCCUGCAAAUACAUCACGAGACAUCGAUCGAGCCUCAUUGCAGUGGUUAUCUUGCUAUGCAGCAUUUCUGUCUGCCAAAGUCUUAUGGUCACGAUUUUUGUACCCAGAUAUCCGUAGUGAUUCGACUGCCGCAAUGGCAACCAGCGGUAUACUGAAAAUUGCUUUACAACUUCGACAGAUACACCGCAAGAGCCGGUUGGCGUCUCUAAUGAAGGUGCCUCGCUCAAUGCUAUGGCCUUUGCCCAUCUUUAUCGCAGGAAUUGAGACAACGGACGAGAUUUAUGCGGACUGGAUUUCGGAAUUUAUGGAUGAAAUGGCGUCGGCCAUGAAUGGCUCUACACGAGAGCGCAGCCAUGCUACCGGAGAGUAUAUGGAUACUUCAAUUGGUGACAAGGGGGAGACUUUGACUGACCACAGGCUUAUCCUGAUACUAAUGAUGCGUGUACGAGAGAAACAAGAUUUCCUAGGUCGCCGUGUGGAUGUUCAGGGAGUCAUGGGGGAGAUGGAUGGUGCGAAUGAUAUAUUCUUGCUAUAA